CUCAUAGUCAUAUCAAUACCAAAUAAUAUGAAACAUAUGUAGGUAGAUAAAAACGGGCGGUGAUAUUUUACGUAAAAUGUUUACUACAUUUAUCAGUUCGUUUAUUCGAUGCAGUCAGGUCGUUAAUACCGAUAUUUCGCCGGGAAAAAACCGUUGUUUUUCAAAAUGAAUAUCUCAUUUGAGAACAAAAAUGUUUUGGUAACUGGUGCUGGCCAAGGUAUUGGCAAAGCUGUGGUGAAAGCUUUCGUGAAAUACAAAGCCAGUAAGGUGUACGCCCUUUCGAAAACUAAAGAGAAUUUGGAUAAAUUGGUUUCUGAAGAAUCGACAGUGAUUCCAAUUGUCGUCGAUUUGAGUGAUUGGGAAGCCACUAAAAACGCUUUGAAAUGCAUACAAGAGCCUAUCGAUGUUUUAUGUAAUAAUGCGGGUAUAUAUAUAGCGGAGUCUUUUCUGGAAGUGAAGCCUGAAAGUAUUGACACACAGUUUAAUGUGAACUUCAAAUCGAUUAUUUGUGUGAGUCAAAUAGUUGCGAAAGGAAUGAUAGAAAGCAAAAGAGGAGGUUCCAUAAUCAACGUAUCAUCUCAAGCAUCUAAGAUAGCUUUGCAAGACCACACCGUAUACUCGGCUACAAAAGCAGCCAUUGACGCUACAACCAGAGCGAUGGCAUUAGAAUUAGGAAAAUUCAACAUACGUGUCAACGCCGUUAAUCCUACAGUCGUUAUGACAGACAUGGGAAGAUUAGGAUGGUCAGAUCCUCAGAAAGCUGCUCCUUUACUAAAUAGGAUACCUUUGCAUAAAUUUGCUGACACUGAAGACGUCGUGAAUACGAUAAUCUUUUUAGCUAGUGAUAAAGCUGGUAUGAUAAAUGCUACAAAUAUACCAAUUGAAGGUGGCAUUUUGGCAACAUAACCACCACAGAUUCUCCAUGAAAACGGCAAGCUUUUAUUUCUUCAUAGUAUAAUCGUAGGUACUUCAGAAAUUUAAAUUUAAAAAAAUGUUGUAAAAAUUAAAGGCCAUGAUUUUCUAAUGCGUACUCUCCAUAACUUUCAUAAUAAUGUAUUUAAAGUAUAAUUUUAUGAAAAAAUAAAUACAAUCUUAUUAAGUCGUA